AUGGCUGCCAACUUGAUCAUCAUCGGACGGGAGGCAGGCACUGAGGUUGGUGGUGGUGGUGAUGAUGCUGAUGACAGUCGUGAUGGUGGUGGUGCGUUCACCUCAUCAUCCAUUUCAUCAGCAUUGCGCACAAGGGCGCUGAGCAGGUCGGGUUCCCUGUAUCGCAUCAAGUACCGAAUCUACCGAGGAUUACCAGUCACGACGCCUACCUCAGGCACACAGAUACUGGAGAGACAGCUUUCGGGAAACACUGUGCACAAUGCAUUAUCUGUCGCGAUUGCUCGGCUUCAUCAGUCUCAACGAAUGGGAUAUUCCGAGGUCGUCGUCACAGACUGUCCGCUGCAAAGAGAUAACGCCAAGAGAGCAUAUGCAAUCUGCGCCCCUCAACCUGUAGUUCUCGAUAGAAGUUCCUAUCUGGGUAGGGAACACAAGGAGAAAGUGCUCGUCUGCUCGAGAAUGCUGCGCAUGGGGUAUACUGUACGCGCAUCCGCCCUGCACGCGAGUCAAUGCGACGUUCCCUUCAGCGGUCGCACAAACGGGCAAGGCCGUUCAACGACGUUGAAGCAGAUGAAGCCCAUCCAGGCUAGGCUCACAACAGGGAGAGCGAAGAAAAAAAAUGGCCCGGCUGUAUCCUCCAAGCGUCGACCAAAUUUCCAAGAUCGGACCUUCCACGCCUCAACUCUUGGAUCAACACUCACGAAUGAAGACCCCGAUAGACCGGCGCAGCACGUAAGGACAAUUUCGGGGGCCGACUGGACUAUCGCCAAAUGUUCCAGCUGGGGCGUUCCUCGCCACACCUGCCCCAUGUAUGUUUCCCUCGGCUGCGCUCAUCCGACUGCCCGAUUCUGCACCCGUGCGCCCGUGAUAGCAUCAUCGUCGAGCGUGACGCGCUCGGAAGAAAACUAUGGGUUAAGCGAGCAGGGUGUGCUCAACAGUCUAGUCCGACCGUUGCCGGGCCGUUGCUCGAUCGCUCAUCUCCAGCAUUUGAUCGUGUCAACGGCGGAGAGAAUGCGAGGCUCUGCGAAAGAUUCUGCAGACCCGCUUCCACUUAGAAAGAGCUUCCCCAAUGCAUUCCAAUGCCGCAUUGACGUCGCACGACUUCUACGCAUGUUGAUCACUUCGCAUCUUCACCGCCGAUGGAGCAGCGGAGACGAGCAACAUCGCAACACGAUCGUUUCUUCGAACGGCCAUCAAGCACGCAGCCAUGUCCAGCGCGAAUGCUUCAACGGCGACUGCCGAGGGCCAAAACCACCUCGCGCCGCGUUGAAUCCUCCAGCACACCUGCCGUACCACCCUUGA